AUGUGGGCAGUGUUGGCUUUGCUAGUUACAGUGUUGGUAACACAUGUGGGCAGUGUUGGCUUUGCUAGCUACAGUGUUGCUAGCUGCAGUGUUGGUAACAAUAGUAACAGUGUUGGCAACAAUAGUAACAGUGUUGGCAACAAUAGUAACAGUGUUGACAACAAUAGUAACAGUGUUGGCAACAAUAGUAACAGUGUUGGUAACAAUAGUAACAGUGUUGGCAACAAUAGUAACAGUGUUGGCAACAAUAGUAACAGUGUUGGCAACAAUAGUAACAGUGUUGGCAACAAUAGUAACAAUAGUAACAGUGUUGGCAACAAUAGUAACAGUGUUGGCAACAAUAGUAACAGUGUUGGUAACAAUAGUAACAGUGUUGGCAACAAUAGUAACAGUGUUGGCAACAAUAGUAACAGUGUUGGCAACAAUAGUAACAGUGUUGGUAACAAUAGUAACAGUGUUGGCAACAAUAGUAACAGUGUUGGCAACAAUAGUAACAGUGUUGGUAACAAUAGUAACAGUGUUGGCAACAAUAGUAACAGUGUUGGCAACAAUAGUAACAGUGUUGGCAACAAUAGUAACAGUGUUGGCAACAAUAGUAACAGUGUUGGCAACAAUAGUAACAGUGUUGGCAACAAUAGUAACAGUGUUGGCAACAAUAGUAACAGUGUUGGUAACAAUAGUAACAGUGUUGGCAACAAUAGUAACAGUGUUGGCAACAAUAGUAACAGUGUUGGCAACAAUAGUAACAGUGUUGGCAACAAUAGUAACAGUGUUGGCAACAAUAGUAACAGUGUUGGUAACAAUAGUAAGUGUUGGCAACAAUAG